AUGGUGCGCCCUGUCAGCGCUCUUAUACCCAUCAGUAAAGGACUAUCAGUCAUCGUUACCCAUGCUGUAUUCAGGUACCCUAAGCAAGCGGAGGACCGUGCUAGAGACAAAUACCACUACCGCUAUCCGUCUGGAGAGUCCUACGAAGAUGUGGUAUCACGGCUAGAACCAGUUAUCAUGGAACUCGAGCGCCAGGCUGAUGUGCUGGUGGUUUCUCAUCAGGCCGUUCUUCGCUGCAUUCUGGCAUACUUUUAUGACAGAUCACUGGAUGAAUUGCCUUAUAUCGAUCUGGGGCUGCACUCACUCGUAAAACUCACGCCAAGGGCUUAUCACUGCGAUUCAACGCUCUACCACUAUGAUAUCACAAAAGACGAGUGGACCUGUGAGGAGCGCCAACUACCGCUGUGCAGCAGUCCUCGAGAUUGA